UGUUAUUUUAAUCUACGCACAAAAUUCUGUAAUUAAUAACGGUGUUUUUUCAUAUACUAUAUUAUUGUAGAUAAGUAAAAUGAAUUGCAAUAACAUCGCCAGCGCGUUGAUAAUAUCAAUAAAAUCGCUGUCAUCAUCGAUUAAAAUAAGUAUCUCGGAAGCAAAAUAAGCGUACAGCCAUUAGUAUGCUAAUUAGUUAAUUAUCAGUUAUCGCAAAUCAGUUGCAGAGGAGAAUUCGGUACGCUCAGACUCUCGUUCAACGCGCCAUAAAUCAUUGCAGAAACACGCAAAGAUGCGUCCUUUGCCACCGGAAUUGGCGAGAAUCGCACGAGAGGAGUUAAAUGAGACACCCGAGCGCAUCACUCAGGACUUGGUCAUUUUACGCACUUGGAUUUACCAACAACGUUAUUUGCAUGCACGCAUUUCGGCUGACUUCCUCAUCGCUUUCCUCAGACGUUGCCGUUACAGUUUGGAGGAGACCAAGAAACGCAUUGAUGAUUUCUUUACUUUUAUCACCCGAUUUCCGGAGAUUUCGGCAUUGCGUCGGGUGAAUGCGAAGAUGUUAACAAUAAAUCGUUUGGGCUUGCAGUACUUCCCGGAACUACCACGUUGCAGCGAUCAUGCUGCCAUCAUGAUAACCCGUGUCGGUUGUUGCCCGAAACGCUAUCACAUGCGUGAGAUAAUGGCCUGCAACAUAAUGGGCAUGGAAGUGUUUGCGUUGGAAAAUGAUAAUGCCGCCAUUGCAGGAGUUUGUCAAAUAUUCGACAUGUCCAAUCUGACUAUAGAGCAUACGGCGCAAUUGGAUGGUGGACUAUUUCGAAAAUGGUGGUAUUGGAUGAGCGAAUGCUGUCCCUUGCGUAUAAAUGUCACUUACUGUUUGAAUGCGCCGAAGAAAUUGCAAAAGUGGUUGGGUUUAUUGAAGACAGUGUGUCAUAAAAUGAAUCCGACAAAUCAGAUCUAUAUGAUUAAAUCUUUGGAUGAACUCUACCAAUACAUACCGCGAAAGUGUCUACCAGAGGAAUAUGGCGGCUCCAAUGGUCAUCUGCAUGAGUGUGUCUCAUAUAUGGAGGAUUUGUUAAAGAGUUAUCGUGGCUAUUUCGCAGAUGAGGUGAAUUACGGCACUGCUGAGCAACUGAGACCCGGUGAGAUUAUGCCCUUUGAGGCAGAGUUUGGCGCCGAAGGCAGUUUUCGCCAGUUGAUUGUAGAUUAAAAGUGGAAAAAAUAAAUAAUCACAGUUAAGAUUUUUAUCUGGUGUUGGAUUCCCCUAUUUUUUUUUAUGAUAUGAGUCAUUGCUAAGGAGACACCCUAAAAUUGUUGUUAUAUGCACAUAAACUAAACAUUCACAUAUUGUAUGUAAUUAAGAAAUGUUUGUGUCACUGUUUGUAAUAAAUUUAAUCAAUAAAGUAUUAAC